AUGAAGACCCUAACGUUUGACAAAGAAGAGUCUUUCUUAAGAGGACAUAUUCCUCUGCAGAAGUUCAAGAAGCAGAUAGAGACGUUGAAAUGGGAGAGUUUGGAGGAAAUAGAUUUUUCAGGGAAUGGCUACUGUACAGAUGCAGUCAUAAAUAUCAUCAGAUUGGUCAAAAAGGGAAUCCUCUCAUGUCUACAGAGAGUUGAUUUACAGGGAUGUCAGAUUCUAACGGAUGUUGGAGUGAAAUGGUUAUCAGAGAUCCUAGAAUCAGCGAACAAACUGACACAGGUAAAUCUGGAUGGCUGCUGCCUUGUAUCAGAUGUGGGACUGGCACAUCUUCUAGGGGUGCUACCAGAGAAGUGUCACGUGUCUGUGAUAGGGACAGCCGUCUGCUGUCUGACGUCAGCCAGAGACAAACAUGUCCGAACAGGGGGUGGGUCAACAUUACCUCCGAGUGAAGAAACCACUGAUUUUAAACAAGGUGGAAUCUUAGUUGUCCCGCAUAUCAGCAUAAAAUCAAGCAUUGCUCACAUUUUGAAUGGGAAUAUGGAUGUUCCUCAGACAGGACUUCAUCACGUGACCACAUAUUUCAAAGAUGGCUGGUCAAUGAAUAUCAACGAAGUGACUUUACUUCACCCUUUUUUUGAUGUACUUGUCCGAAGUAACCCAAUCCAGGUCGUCAUACCGUUUGACAGCUCUGCAGAUUUGAAUGAUGUAUCCAAACAUGUAAAUGAUGUUGUGUCAAAGGUCAUCAUGAAGGAACCGGAGCACCCUUUUAUGGAAGUAGGAAAAUUUCACAGUCCAUUCGACGGGAAAUUGAAAAGUGGAGACCAAUUCAUGGAUGUAAAAUUUGUUUUGGAUCACAAAUUAGAUCUAGAAAACUCUGUCUUAGAAAACUGGCCAGUAACAGAGGCAGAGAAGGAGGUUGACGGCUGCUUUCUCUCCAGAACAUUUUUUACGAAGUCUCAUCCAUACUUCCAAGUUCAGUUCAUCAAAAAAGACAAUGCAUUACUAAAGUUUCUGGAUGGAGAACUACCAGAUGAGCUGUUGAUUGGUUGUGUCAGAGAUUAUUACUACGCUAAAAUGUUUGCUAAACCAGGAAAUUACUAUAAUCGCAUAUCGAGAACAGAAGCCAAAAAUGUUAUGGUGCACAGGUUUUCACUUAAGAAUGUGAAGAAAGGGGACACCUUUGGUUUUGGAAUUCGUGGAGAAUGGGAAUCAGAAUAUAAUGCUGGCUCCUCCUGCAAGCUCUUUGUCACUCACAAUGGGACUGAGGUCAAGUAUGAAGGAAAUCCAGAGGAUUUAGUUUUCAACAGGUUCUAUUAUCCAUGUCUUGCCAUAAAUAGCCACUUUACUUGUCAGUUCAAAUUGCCACACCUAUCUCCACCAGCAGAGUUAAUGAACACCUAUAAAAAGGAGCAAAGAUGGAUCCGCCCCUGUUAUACUGAUUUCUGUGUGAUCAAUAAUACUGGGAUUAUAAGUAUGAACAAACAUGCCAACAAAACAUCUGACGCACACUUCCUGUCCGAACAACCUGUUGGAACGAAGGACACUCCAAACACCUCUUUUACUGUAAAAGUAGUGGAGGAUCCAGGGGAUUUUAAGAUAAAAGUUGGUCUCGUAGUUGAGGGAUACCUGCAAAACUCAUACACAUGUUAUCUUGUCCUACAUGGACACAAUGGAGAAGUGAGGUGUAAAACUCAAGGAGAUUCUGUGAAUCUGGUACCUUCCCCAACAAAAUUAGCAGUGGGGGAUGAGAUCAAGUUUCAAUGGGAGAUAGAGCGGCAACCAAUCACAUUUCAUGAUACCAAAGAGUUCCCUGUCAAAAUAUUGAGAAAUGGAAAGCUUCUUUGUCAGACAGACUACACCUUUAGCUUUAAAGGCGGACUUCCAGAAGAGCGUGUUUAUGUGUUUCUUUCAUCCCACAGUACCAAUGAACGAAGAGUUCAACUACUGAACUACCAGCCGCAUUAUAGGCCUCCAGUAAGUGAAUUCAACAAAAUCACUCCAGCAAUACAAAGAGGAUUGCAGAUUUAUGAUGAUGGAGUUCUUCUGAAUAAACACGAUGGAAGUUGUCCCUAUAUGGUCUCUAGAACUGCCAUCAACCCCAAGCUGACCUACUUUGAAAUGGAGGUCAUCGCCAGUGGAAACGACGGUGAAAUUGGCCUUGGCCUUACACACAAUAUGCCUGACACCUCAGAUACCAUAGGGAAAUCUAGAUAUGAAAUUAUGUUCUGCACAAGUAACUCAGCUGGAACCGGAAAAGUGUUUCAUAUGGAUGUCCAAAAGUCUUCAGAGACUUUGAAAUUUGAGACUGGUGAUGUAGUUGGCUGUGGCUUAGAAGGGAAAUUUGGAGAUGAUGGGAAACUUGUCGAGAAUUCUGAAGUGGAUGUCUUCUUCACCAUUAAUACUAAAGAGAUUCAUAGGCAGAAAUUGCCAUACAGGUCCGAUAACUUAUUCCCAUUUUUCAUUCAAUAUUCGAAUUCAGCCAUUCUGAGAAUCCGCGGUUUCACCUCUGAUACAGUCUGGAACGAGUUUGAAUUUCAACCCAAAGACCAGAAAAACUUGCCGACUAGUGUUCCAAGAUUUUCUGGCUGUGAGUUUUCAGUAGUGGAUGUAACUGGUGGUUCAAACAUCACAGCUCUCAAAAACAAGGUGUCUCUAGACAAACUUCCCUGUAUACAGUCAUUAAAGGAAAACAUGAAGAUCUUAGAGGGAGACUUGAACAGUUUAAAUGUUGAGCACCAGCAGAGGUUGUCAGAACUACAUAGAGCCAUCGAAAACAUUGACCAGCUUUCCAAAUCUCCCGAGAGGGUCAAAUUCCUGUCUUUGAAAUUGUCUACUAAAGAGGGAGUCGAAGCCAUGAAGAAGGCCAUUUUGAACAAAUUCUUGUCUCAUAUUGACCUUCAGAGACCAAUCUUUUCACUUCCACAAACCCUACUUAGGGUUGUGGAGAGUACAAGGAAAGAACUAAAAUCUCAGGGUAUUUGUCAAGUUGUGGAUAACAUGUCUGUAGAUCAUUCCUGUCCUACUCUGUACGAAAGAAUUAAGUAUGUAUCACCUAGUUAUUUGACAGGAGAAAUGUUCAUGCGAUUGGUGGAACGAAUGUUUCAUCAGGGAGAUCUGAUAGUUUUACAAACCGAUUGUGGCCUCUUGGCAGUAGACCUGGAGUUUGCAGCAAAAUCUGUUGAGUCACUUAUCAAUUUCUCCAAAGUUGAAAAUCUAAAGACAGGAAUCACUGCAUUUGGAGAAAAAUCCAUCGUUUGGAAAGCUGACAUAAAGGAUCAGGAAAAGGAAAAGUUGAUACUGGUCUUUCUACAGAAUUACUUGGGUCUAGUGAAAGUGCCUGUGACAUUGAGAACUUGCAUUGAAGAUGAGAAGUUGAUUUUUGCUCUCCUAAAAAAUUUAGAUCCACCCAAAUUCACAUUUAGAGAAUUUAUAUCCAGGGAAAAAGCAGUGAAAGACUGUGUAUUGAUUCAGCGUUCAUACAGUUUUCCAGCCCUCUACCCACAGCAGUUGUUUCCCCUUGUCUUGGCUGCUGCUGUUGGAUAUGGCCGUCCCAUUAUACUUUCACAGGAAGGAGGAGUUUUACUUUUUGGCACCGUCCAGGUUAUUGUUAGAGAGGAAACAGUUAAUGGAAACAGGAUGCUGUUGAUCGAAUGUAGAUGCUUUCUGCCACAGAAGAGAACUCAGUCUGUAAAUGAUGAUACAGAGAAAAGUGUUAGAGAAUACACAAAACAUGUCUUCUUUAUUGUGACCGAUCUUGUUGAUUGUAUUAUCAAGAGACAAGGCAUUGUAGCAGUUAUCUCACAGAAUAUCCCUCUUAACUCAGUUCAUACUUCUUUGGGCUGCAAUCAUAAUUGGAUCUCCCUUCCAGACACUGAACACAUUCAAUCUGUUUGCACUCUGUGUAACUUAUGUUGUGAGGCAGGGGAACAAUGUCCAUACAACAGAAUCAUGGGCACGGAUCUAAGGGAAUGUGGAUGUAAAACAACUACUCCUGGAUGUGUAGACUGUGGAAUAUGUGUAACGUGUGCCAAAGGUUUAUGGGAUCUGAGGACAGAACUAAGACCAAUGACGAUGUCUUUCACCUCCACAGCUGAUAUCUACAGGGUGACCUUGAACCCAGUGACAUUUAAUGAGAUAGAAAUUGAUGUAGUAUCGGGGAUGUGUCCACCGAUGUGUCUGAGUUCUGAAGGAAACACCAUAAUGGCAGCCCCAGGACAAUCUCGGACUUUCAGCAGCGAGGUGAAAAUUGGUUUAUCUGACGUCAGGCUAGCACUGGAAUACAACAAAGAUUUACGGCUUUGUAUUAGAGAGGGUGAUCGACUAAAGAUACGACUUUCAGCACCAAAGGGAUCUAUAUCUAGCACUGCAGAUAAAAGCAAUACAGCAGGUGUGACCCCCACAUUUGUUCAGUAUUACACCGAUAUCUGCAAAGAAGCAUUGGCUCUUCAAGAAGCAGGAGUUGUUUGCUACAAGUAUGGUUCGAAGCCUGUUGCGCAGUUCGUUGCACCCAAGCCAUUUUCAGAAGCCUUGCAAAGAUUUUCAAUAAAGAUUCUUUGUGGAGGAUCAAGGAACUCCAUAGGGAUAGGGAUGUGCCCAAGAUUGUAUGCCAGUAAUAAUAUGCCUGGAUGGAAGAGUAAAUCAUUUGGAUACCAUGCAGAUGACGGAGGAAUCUUUAUUGAAAAGGGGAAUUCCCAAACAAAAAUUGAGAAAUGUAGUGUGGGGGAUGUCAUGGCAGUGGAAUUCGACGUGAAGAGUGGCGAAUUAAAGUUCUUCAAAAAUGAUCAAGAGGUGUACAAGAUGACGGUGCCAGGUAACGGUAAACCACUACCAGAUUUUUAUCCAAUGAUAGGUCUUCACUCUGAAUUUGAGUGUGUAAAGCUCUUGGAGAUUGAGCCCUGGACUCCGUUGGAUCCAAAUGCGAGAAAGGAAAUCCCAAAAAGCAUAGACUUCACAGACGUUGAUGGAUUAAUAAUAAGCCCACCUAAGACAAUUACUCUAUCAAGACUUUUCUAUGCUCUUUGUUCGGGGCAAAUUAUUUUCCACAACACAACUAAAACGCCAAUUGGUUAUAAGUUAGAGCCAGCCAGAAUAUUUAAGGCAAGAGAUGCAGAGGGAGGUGGGGACCAUAGUACAGGGAUAAUAGAGGCUAAUGAUACAAAGGUCAUCAUGUGUCACGCAGAGCAACAGACAUCAAAAUUAUCUGAUAUCACCAUUGAGUGGAUUGAACUACAGAAAAAUAAAACAUACCCUGUAGAAGAGCUUAAGAAGGCCUUAAGUGGAAAAUGUCAUGUCUACAGACUUAAUGCUAUCAUGAAGCACACAGACUACAACAGGGGGCUUGCCAGAGUUGUUAAAGGAGAAAAAAGAAAGGAUUAUGUGCUGGAAAUUUUCAAAAACUCUGAAUUGAUCGAACAAUAUUGGAUAACUCCAGAUAAUUACUACCUUACCCUACCAUUUGACUAUGGGCAGUACGUUAUCAGAUAUCCGAAGUGCCCAAGUUUAAAUUUUCCUGAACAACUGGAAAAAGGCAUGAUAGUUUUCAUCGCUCUACCAAACACUACUGUUGCGGAGGCUGUGAUUAUUGGAGUGGAACCUUCAGGGAAAUAUCAGUAUGAGUAUUCACCUGAAGGUGAUAGAGAUAAUAAAGUCAUCAUUGGAGACUUCAGUACAAUGGAAGUGAAGGGCUACAAAGAAGGAGAUCCGAUUUUAAUGUACAGAAGUGAUGCCUCUCAAAAGUCCCUUUCCCAGACAUACAUGUAUGCACCUCCAUAUUUAGUGCCUGAGGAAUGUUCAAAUGUGCUGAAGUUGACAGACAGUAAUUGGAUGUCCACGAUUUUGAAUCAAAAAGCCACAUGUUCUGCUGAUAUCAAUCGACUAACUGUUCAGGAGCAGAUGAUGGUCGUACAAAGUAGAAAUUUGAUUGGUUGGCUAGAUGGUUAUGGAGACAAUGGAUCUGUAGAGGACACUUUUGCAUUUCUGCCUAACACUCUGAACACAAUUGCAUUCCUGUAUCCAGGCUUAGGAAUGUUUGCUGAUCUGAAUAUCCACAGACUCUGUUUUUAUGCAGAUCAGUUGCUUAACUACCAGCAACAGAAAAAGAUUCAUCUAAGAAACCCUCUGCACUUCAUGGAUAUGCAUGCCUUGACCCCAAAAUCUAACCUGUCUGCUGAUGUCACAUUUGCAUGUAAAUUUCAAGCAUGGGUGUAUAUAGCUCUUAUAGCAAAGCAGCUUCUUCUACCGUCACAUAAAUCCAUUUUGCCAGAAAAGGACAUACAAAGUUUUUCAAGGUCAGAGAUUGAGCAUAUGUUGUUUGAUGUAGUCCACCAGUUCGCUUCCAUAAGCAGUUUGUUUGCAGCUCAGUAUGGCGGUUUACAGAACCAGAGCAACCCUGUCUCAGGAACAAAAUCUAUCCUUCAACUUUCUGAAGGUCAGUGUCAACCAUUGAUAAAAUACAAGGGAAAUCCAAUCACUGACCCAAGCAAUCUCAUUCAAGAUGGCGCUCUGUGUAUCUGUAAAGCUCACAAAAUUUCCAUGGCAACUACGGAUUAUGAUCUUGAAAGCGAACUGGAUAUCUCCUACGACCUUUUUCAUCCGUACAUGGAGAAUGUCAAUUCAGUCGAUUUGAGAAUCACCAAAAAAAUUGCUUUUCCUGGGGACUUUUUCCAGAAAAUGCCAAAUUUGGAAAAUUUCUCCAUAACUGGAUGUUUCCUAAAAGAAAAACAACCUCUUCCUGGCAACAGUGCAACCCUAAAGGAACUAAGAUAUAUAAAUAUCAGCCAUGUCAAUGUCAAAGAACUACCUUCUGAUAUUUUUCGAGCGGAGAAACUGAAGGAGGUUCAUUUCCAGGGAAUUCCUUUAGUGAAAGUGAAAAACAUCAUGCAGAGAUUCUCAAAACCCUAUGUUCUAACAAAGUUAACUCUGAAUGACAUCAAACUGGAAGAAUUACCAAGCGAUAUCAAGAAUCUGGUUUUGUUAGAAGAAUUAAGUCUUGAUCAUAACCCUUUAACGAGGCUUCCAAUCUCUUUAAAGGAGCUGAAGAAACUCAGGGUGCUUUCUAUACAGGGAUUUCCACUGAUGAACUUUGACGGAGAAGUAGAAAGUUUGACCAGACAACAGUACAAAGACUGGCAUAAAGAUAAUCCAGCAAUCACAAACUUUUUGUCCUCGAAGAAAGUAGAGGCUUUAUUUGACGAAGUGGACAGAAGGCGAAGAGGUACUUUGGACGUCUCAGAGAUUGCGCAGCUUAACCUCAAACUCUUCUUCCUACUCCCAAGAUUUGGAACUGAUGGAUUCAAUGAGAAAUUUGGAGGAUGGCCUGACGUCAUAUUCAAAUUAACCCAACUGAAGGAACUCUAUUUUGGAUAUCAGGGAAUCACCCUUAUUCCAUCAGAUCUAAAGGCCUUAACCCAAUUGGAGGUUAUGGAUCUCCAGCAUUGCCCUCUUUUGGAGACAUUGUCAGCAAAGUUAGGAUUUAUGACAAAUCUAAGAAAUAUCAAUUUGAAACAUUGCCCCUCCCUAAGAACGCCGCCGCACGAGGUUGUUAGUCGUGGCUUUGAAUCAGUGAAGGCCUACCUGAAGAGACUAGACGGUGGUUUUACUACCUGCAGGAGAACAAAACUUAUGUUUGUUGGGGUGGGAGAUGCUGGUAAAACCAGUUUACUUAAAGCGUUGACCAGUACCUCCAAGAAAACAAGUGGUACCCAAAAUGCCAUGUUGACAGAUGGUAUAGAUAUCAAGUCAUGGAAAGUAAAGGUACCGGAGAAAGGAGAGAUAGUCUACUCAGCCUGGGAUUUCGCUGGACAGUCUGUUUACUAUAAUACUCAUCAGUUUUUCCUUACCUCUCGAGCCGUGUAUCUCCUGCUUUGGAACAUGAGAAUGGGAUUUCAACAUGCUGGUCUGGAUUUCUGGUUAAGCUCAAUAGCAUGUCAUGCUCCAGAUGCCCCAGUUCUUAUCAUAGGAACACAGGCAGACCAGAUUCCGAAACCGGAAAUUGAAGAGAAGGUCAUUAAGAAUUCAUACCCUCAAAUCCAGGGAUUUCACUAUGUCAGCUCAAUCCAAGGAACGGGCAUAAAAGAACUAGAGGAACAAUUGAUAGAAAUAACUUUGCAGCAACCUUAUUUAGAGGAAAAGAUCCCUCAAGUCUGGCUUAAUUUAGAAGAAAAAAUGUUAAAAAUGCGGAAAGAUAGCAGUAUUCUUAGCUGGAGUCAAGUAGAACAGAUAGCAAGAGAUGAAGGGAUUUACCAUGAACAAGAUCUAAAGGAAGCCAUUUCCUUCCUUGAUAACCUUGGAACUGUUCAGUAUUUUGAUACAGACUUCUUGAGAGACAAGGUGGUUGUUGACCCACAGUGGAUUGUCAAAGUAAUGGCCUGUGUGGUAUCUGUCAGAGCAUCUGCCAUACAGAAAAAUGAUGGCCGAUUCGAGCAUUCUCAAUUGGAUGCUGUAUGGGAGAAAUAUGACGCUGACCUUCGACCCUGGUUGCUCAGCCUCACAGAAGAAUUUGACCUGACCUUUCCCCUUCCAGGCCAACCUCUAAAUAUAGUACCAUGUCUUCUUCCAAUGGAGCCACCAGAAGAGUUUCGAUGGCCUGAUCUUGACCCGCUUUCAUCUGAUGGCAUCAGUGAAAACAAAAUCGUCUACAAAUUUGUCUACCUUCCUGGAGGCCUCUUCAACAGACUUCAGGUUAGAUUGUUUAAUUUUUCUGAUGGAAAAAUGAUCUGGAAAAAGGGCUCCUACUUACAAAAGAAUCAACACUUAGCUCUGAUCCAACAGAACAGUGACCGUCAGCUGACUGUUACUGUACAGGGCCCACGUCCAGAGAACGUUUUGUUCCUGAUUCACGAAGUUUUGGAGAGCCUUAUCACAGAAUCAUAUCAUGGAGUGACCUAUGAUUAUUAUCUUCCUUGUCCAGACUGUAUUGCUAAAGGGUCUGAUAGCUUUAGGAACCCUUACCUCUUCAAAGCAUCCAUCAUCAAGAAAGGAAAGAAUAUGAAUGCUCCUUUUCUUCAAUGCACUGAGAAUUUCCAUACUGUUGCUAUGACACAGUUAUUGGCUAUCAUGCCGGAUGAUCGGAAUUCAGACUUCGACAUACAUCUUCAGAACAGUAUCAGCGCCUUACAGUCAAUCAAUAAUGACAUUGAAUAUGAUGUAGCUGUUCUAUACUGUCAAGCAGAUAUACCUCCCAAAGGCAAGAAAGACCUCAUCAAUCCGAAAGAAGUAAAGAAUGAUUUGCUUGCUUGGAAUUACAGUGUUUGGAUGCCUGAAAGUGUAACCCCAGAUAGAGUCAGCGAGAUGACACUUCAGCUAAAGAACUCAAAGGUUGUUGUCUGCUGUAUGUCUGACCAAUUUGAGAAGGAUGAAACUUGCCAUAAUAUGUUCUUGUACAUCACUAAUCAACUCAGAAAGAAGAUCCUUAUUGUAGUUGUAAGACCCAGCAUGGCUUGGCAGGAAACAGAUCUUGGAAUGAAAAUUGGUGAUGCUUUUGUUUGUAUGAUACGAAGUCCAGAUAGAUAUAAAGCUAAGAUCGUAGAUCUCAGAGAUAUGGUGGAAAAGACGUUGAUUGCCAUGGAAAAGGACAAACAGAGACCGGCUGAUGUAUUUAUAAGCUAUUGUUGGCAGAACUCCAAGAAAGCUGUCGAAAAGGGAACCAAAAUUAAAGAUAAAAGCUCCAUAGGAGCAGUGGAUCCGAGAGAUAUUAAAGAUUUUCUGACAGAUAAGAAAGUGUCUUGUUGGAUUGAUGUUGAAAAAAUUGGCACAUAUGGUUUGUACCUGGACAUUGCAAUGGGACUUCAAAGCUGUAAGCUCCUGGUUUGUUGUGUGUCAGAUGAGUACUCUGAUUCUGAGAAUUGUAUGAUGGAGCUGAAGUAUGCUGUGUUGAAUCUUAAACUACCUGUCAUCGUGGUUCCUGUCGGCACCGGAAGUCGCUGGAAAUCCAAGGUUGGAAUCUUUGUGGUAAAAGCAGAGGAAGAAGCACCCGAGAUCUCCAUGCAAUUAGAGGAUAAUAAAGAAAAACUUCUGACCAAAGUAAAAGAGAUUCUCGCAACCAAAUGCAAAACAGAGGACGAAGCUAAGGAAAAACAACAACAAGAGAAAGAAAGACAGAAAAACUUGGAGAAAAAAGCUCAGGACCUUAAAUUUUCCUAUCAGGAAGAAUACGAACUACUGCAGAGAAAAUUUCUCAGACAUGUUACUAUGAUAACGACCAAGUUAAACUUUGAGGUCCUGCCCAGGUUACUGGUGUUUGAUUUUGUCAAGGCUGGAUCACCAGGGAAAAAUACAGAAAAAGGAACGCCUAGGAGGCCAAGGACUGGAAAAGAACGCAGGAAGGCCGUUAUUUUGGAUGAUGAAGAUGAAGACUGGCAGGCAGAGGAAUUCUGUAUCAAGGUCAUGUGUGAACAUGAAGAGGGUUGGCAUGUAUCGGAGAAAUCCCUAAAUCUGAGUGCGAGGUCUUCUGAGGAGGUGUAUCACGUGCUUAGAGAGGCGGCCCCCUACCUCUCCAGACUGUAUGCUGUCCUGAAACAGAGCUCAGUCAAUCUAAACUGUCUGAGAGGCAAAACGGGAGACUCUUAUUGCAGUUACAUUGACAAGAAAGGCUUAGCUGAAUCAAACUUUGGAAGGGCAUAUGAGGCUAUUCAUCAUUUUGUUGCAGACCAUGCAGGGAAGCGAGAUCUUAUGCAAAAACUUCAUAGAUGUCAUUUGCCGAGUGGAAAAAUAUUAUGGCUUUGUGAUAAUCAUUCGAAGGGAAACCGCAUCACAAAAAUUUCUUUAGGUGGGGCCAGUUCAAGGUCAACCGGACUAGUCACCUUGACGCGAGAAGACGACUUUCUUAAAGAACACAUGAGGAAACAUCCGACAGUUCUAAAGCUUUUGAAACGUCCUGAACCCAUUGAGGAGGAAAAAGAGGAAAAAGAAGAGGAGAAGGAAAAAGAGGAGGAGAAUGAUAAGGAUGAACAGGAGACGGAGCAGGAAAAUAAAGAAAUGGAUGAAAAAACAGUUGAAAAUGCAGAGACAAGAGAGAGUAAAGAGGGAACACCUCCUGUAGGAGAAAGAUCUUCUGAAGAAGUCAAAAACAGGGAAGGCACUGGGGAAAUUCAAAUCAAGAAAAACGCUGCAAUCAAACAGGGUGGUCCAAUUAACCGAGGAGGAAGCCCUUGUCCAUCUAAAGGAGGCGUAAAACAAAAUGAAACUCCUAAGAGUAACAGAAAAGUGCGAGAGAAAGGUGAAGGAAGCCCUUUGGCAUCUAAAGGAGCUGUACAGCAAAAUGACACUCCUAAGAGGACAGGAAAAGAGCAAGAAAAAGCUGAAGCAAAAAAGAAUACUGAUAGAAUGCAAAGAUCUACUACGAAACCCGAGAAGAAAGAUGCUAGUAGCUCCGUUUGCGUUAUAUCAUGAUCAUGACUAGUUUUACAUGUUAUAUACAAAUAAUUAGACUGUGCCAUUUUCUUAAUUAUAUCAUACCAAAAGAUAUAGAAUAUUCAUGUGAAUUGUUUAGGACUGAUAUAUUUACAUAUUGUCUGUGACUGCUUGUUUAUCAGAAGCGUCU